AACUGUAUUUGAUGAUAUUAUUUCAGAAGGUGAUGAAGAGCUACUUGAAAAAAUGACUAAUGAUUUGAAUAAUAAUCAUACACAAAAAAAAAGAAAAUUAAUAUUAAUUUUUCUCAAGAUACAGAUGGUCUCGUAG